UCGGUUCUCACUCGGAUCUGUUCGGCUCCUCCAACAGGAGAGACGGAGAGCCGCUGCAAGUCCGGCGCACGCGCUCAAGCCUCUUGCUGCUCUUAGGGCCGCGCUUUGCCUUGGGUUUUCACUUCCUUCUCUUCCGAGCUGUAUCCGGGUCGUUGCUUUCUCUAUUGUCUCAGGCAAUCGACCUCGGACUGUGCAAAUUCAUUUCUGGGUCUUUUGUUUCUUCUGGUGCAGGCUAAUAAAGUUUUUCUUUCUUUUAUUUUUUUCUAACAGUUUUAACGGAGGAAAUUAACUCCCCCAGAGCUGCCGGGGCCUAAGGGAGCCUCUGGCAGGGGAGCGCCGUGGGAAGGGGCGCGAGCAGCCGGGGCCGGUUCGGCGAGGACUAGGGGGCGGGGUGGGGGGGCGGGAGGGGCUGCUCUUGAGGCGCCCGGGUCCGGUCGGCGGCGGUGCCGCCGAUUUUAAGUAGCAUCUUUCGGAUUUGUUCCCGCGGUAUCAGUCCAGACCUCAGCGCUGCCUAGGCUCUCGCAGCCUCUCCCUAGGUCUCCUCCAAACGACCACCUCACGGAUUCCUUAUGGAUCGCAGCUCCAAGAGGAGGCAGGUGAAGCCUUUGGCAGCUUCUCUGCUAGAAGCUCUCGAUUAUGAUAGUUCAGAUGACAGUGAUUUUAAAGUUGGAGAUGCCUCAGAUUCUGAAGGGAGUGGUAAUGGAAGUGAAGAUCCUUCAAAGGACAGUGGAGAAGGUUCCUGUAGUGAUUCUGAAGAAAAUAUUUUAGAAGAAGAACUGAAUGAAGAUAUUAAAGUAAAAGAGGAACAACUUAAAAAUUCUGCAGAGGAAGAAAUACUGUCAUCAGAAAAACAGUUAAUUAAAAUGGAAAAGAAGGAAGAGGAAGAAAAUGGAGAAAGACCUAGAAAGAAAAAGGAGAAAGAGAAAGAAAAGGAAAAAGAGAAGGAGAAAGAAAAGGAGAAAGAGAAGGAGAGAGAGGAUAAAGAAAAAGCAACAGUAUCUGAUAAUGUGGCUGCUUCUGCUGCUGCCACCGCACCAGCCACAAGUCCUGCUGUUAACACAUCUCCUUCAGUCCCCACUGCAGCAACCACUACAGAGGAGCAAGUCAGUGAGCCAAAAAAGUGGAACCUUCGUCGAAAUCGACCACUUUUGGAUUUUGUUUCCAUGGAAGAGCUGAAUGAUAUGGAUGACUAUGACAGCGAAGAUGACAAUGAUUGGCGACCUACUGUAGUAAAGAGAAAGGGGAGAUCUGCAUCUCAGAAAGAAGGAAGUGAUGGAGACAAUGAAGAUGAUGAAGAUGAGGGAAGUGUGAGUGACGAGGAUGAGAAUGAUGAAGGCAAUGAUGAAGAUCAUAGUAGCCCUGCCAGUGAAGGGGGUUGCAAGAAGAAGAAGAGUAAAGUUCUUAGCAGAAACAGUGCUGAUGAUGAGGAACUGACCAAUGAUAGCCUGACACUAUCUCAAAGCAAGAGUAAUGAGGACUCGCUGAUUCUUGAGAAGAGUCAAAACUGGAGUUCUCAAAAAAUGGACCACAUUCUGAUUUGCUGUGUUUGUCUUGGAGAUAAUAGCGAGGAUGCUGAUGAAAUAAUUCAGUGUGACAAUUGUGGCAUUACAGUCCAUGAAGGUUGCUAUGGAGUUGAUGGAGAGAGUGACUCUAUUAUGAGUUCAGCUUCUGAAAACUCCACGGAACCUUGGUUUUGUGAUGCCUGUAAAUGUGGUGUUUCCCCUAGCUGUGAACUGUGUCCUAAUCAGGAUGGAAUUUUCAAGGAGACAGAUGCUGGAAGAUGGGUUCACAUUGUAUGUGCCCUAUAUGUUCCUGGAGUAGCCUUUGGAGAUAUUGACAAAUUACGACCAGUAACACUAACAGAAAUGAACUAUUCCAAAUAUGGUGCCAAGGAGUGUAGCUUCUGUGAAGACCCUCGUUUUGCUAGAACUGGAGUUUGUAUUAGCUGCGAUGCAGGGAUGUGCAGAGCCUAUUUCCAUGUGACCUGUGCCCAGAAGGAAGGUCUGCUUUCAGAGGCAGCAGCAGAAGAGGAUAUAGCAGAUCCAUUUUUUGCUUAUUGUAAGCAGCAUGCAGAUAGGUUAGACAGAAAAUGGAAGAGAAAAAACUAUUUGGCUCUACAAUCCUAUUGUAAAAUGUCUUUGCAAGAGAGGGAGAAGCAACUGUCACCAGAAGCACAGGCAAGAAUCAAUGCCCGGCUUCAGCAGUAUCGUGCCAAAGCAGAACUAGCUCGAUCUACCAGACCUCAGGCCUGGGUUCCAAGGGAAAAAUUGCCCAGACCACUCACUAGCAGUGCUUCAGCCAUUCGUAAGCUGAUGCGGAAAGCAGAGCUAAUGGGGAUCAGUACUGAUAUCUUUCCAGUGGACAAUUCAGAUACUAGUUCUAGUGUGGACGGAAGGAGAAAGCAUAAGCAACCUGCUCUCACUGCUGAUUUUGUGAAUUAUUACUUUGAGAGAAAUAUGCGCAUGAUUCAAAUUCAGGAAAAUAUGGCUGAACAAAAGAAUAUAAAGGAUAAAUUAGAGAAUGAACAGGAAAAACUUCAUGUGGAAUAUAAUAAGCUAUGUGAAUCUUUAGAAGAACUGCAGAAUCUGAAUGGAAAACUUCGAAGCGAAGGGCAAGGAAUAUGGGCCUUACUAGGCAGAAUCACAGGGCAGAAGUUGAACAUACCGGCAAUUUUGCGAGCACCCAAGGAGAGAAAGCCAAGUAAAAAAGAAGGAGGCGCACAAAAGACAUCUAUCCUUCCUGCAGUACUUUAUAGUUGUGGAAUUUGUAAGAAGAACCACGAUCAGCAUCUUCUUUUAUUGUGUGAUACCUGUAAACUUCAUUACCACCUUGGAUGUCUGGACCCUCCUCUUACGAGGAUGCCAAGAAAGACCAAGAACAGUUACUGGCAGUGUUCAGAAUGUGACCAGGCAGGGAGCAGUGACAUGGAAGCAGACAUGGCCAUGGAAACCUUACCAGAUGGGACCAAACGAUCAAGGAGGCAGAUUAAGGAACCAGUGAAAUUUGUUCCACAGGAUAUGCCUCCAGAACCCAAGAAGAUUCCAAUAAGAAACACGAGAACCAGAGGACGAAAGCGAAGUUUCAUUCCUGAAGAAGAAAAACAUGAGGAAAGAAUUCCUAGAGAGAGAAGGCAGAGGCAGUCUGUAUUACAAAAGAAGCCUAAGGCUGAAGAUUUACGAACUGAAUGUGCAACUUGCAAGGGAACUGGAGACAAUGAAAAUCUUGUCAGAUACCCUUCAUGAGACCCAACUCUGCCACAGCUCAUCCUCGGAGGCAAUCCUGGAAACCUCUUUUAUAAGUGUGAUUUUAAAAAUGUGGAUAACACUCUCAAUAGAGUACAUAAAGUAAAGGAGAACAGCUAUCUUGUCCUUCCCAUAAGCUUAUCACUGCAAAAAGUUGCCUUUGCUUGUCAGGUUUGGAUAGAAUGUAAUUGAUUGGUUUGUUGCUUGGACUGACAAGGCAGUUAAUUUGCCUGUGUGGAUUUUUUUCUAUAUUUUUCUUCUUCUUCGUUUUUUUUUUUUUCCUUGCACUAAUCAGAAACAUUUGAUAUGUGCAUUGUUGAAUAAUGGUAGAUAAUGUCUUGUCAGAAUUGUCCUAUUAAGUAAUGUCUUUCCCUCUUGCUUCUUUGGCAAAUGAUGAUAUGCAGUGUUUGGACUUACUGAAGAGUUUUGGAAGCCUGUGGGACUUAAAUGCAAUGUGCUACUCAUUGUUGUUGAACAAUACCAGUAACAAACAAGAAAGACAAUGCAUUCCACUAGUCUGCUAUUCUAUUUCAUCCAAUUUAAAACAUAUAUUCAUAUGUGAAAUAUUACAUUGGGAAACAACUAUAGACUCUUAUUUAAUGGUUAUUCCUAUUUAUAAUAUUCAGCAAAAGUGAAAAACUUGUGAAGCAUAUGCCAUUCUAGUUUUGGCUCAUUAGUCCUAGUGUGAAAGCACUAAUAUUAUUAGCAUGAAACUUUUACAACUUCAAAUUUUAAUUUCAUUAGUAAAAUAUAUCUGUGUUGAUCUCUAGAUAUUUUUUAGUAAUACCCAAUUUUAUUCAGUCUUCAUUGAUUUAAUACGAACUUUCUGUGUUCGAUAUAAUUUUAUUUUUCGUGACCUUAAAUUUGAGGUUAUGAAAUAAGGAGGGAGAUUCAAAGCUUGAUGACUAUACAACAUGCCAACUGAAAGAUCUUCAUCAACAUCUAUAUUUUUCCAGAGGUUUACAGAAUUAAAAUUUGAUCUUCAAGUUUUAAUGAUCCAGUUUUAAAUCAACGACAGAAAUAUGUUGAAUAUUCCAUCACUCCAUCUUGAACUGAUUUAGAAGAGACUCUUGGCUGAAAUUGAAAUGUACAUAUACAUGUAAUUGUUAACUUGUUUCUUGAAAUUUCCUGAUUUAGAAAUGUGGUUUGGACUUCUUUUCAGGUAUAGUGGCAAUUGAAAAUAGUUUAAACUUUAGGAAUAGAAUAGGCGAUGUUUAGAUAAGCAAAAGCAAGUGCAAGUAUGAAAUUGCUGUAUGCCAGUAAUCUGUAGUUACAGUAAGGAACUUUAUUAUUGGAUAAGAUGUUUAAUAAAAGAAAUAUGUAUAUACAAUAUGUAUAAACUGAGAUUAUUAACGUAUCAAAAGAUCUUUUAACAUUGGAGGAAAAUUAUUAAUAAAUAGCAUGUAGCAAAACCAGUAGGCAUUUUUUUUUUCUGGAAUAAGGACUCAUUAUCUCUACGUAAGCUGAAGAGAAAGUUGAUAAUUAUUACUGUUGCUUAAUUGUAAUAGAUAAUAAGUAAAAUGACAGAUUGCCAUUUCCUUAAAAGAAUAUGCAAAUGUUCCUCACCCUCCUUUGAUAUAUGGUAAGAAAUUACUAGUGGGUCAUUUUAUUUUAGAUUUUUUGAGAAACCAUUAAGCCUUGUGGUUUUGGUGUCACUAUUCAAAAUCCUUUCCACCUGGUUUUAAUUAGAAUACUACAUAAUCAUCAUUCUCUAUCUUAAAAUCUUCAGUGGUAGAUAUGCUAUUCCAUAUUUGUUGCUAACCCUAAAAUCUUUGUCACACAUCACAAAUACAAAUCUCAUAAUUCAUAAGAUCAUUGGUACUGCAAACAUGUAAGAGAACUUUUAAAGGGAGUAGAAUUAAACAUUUUCUCCUCAUAAUCUCCCGAGUGCUCUCAUAUUUCCACAGUAUAUAAUUAACUCGUUUCCAUGAUUGGUCCAAUUUCUAUUCAAAGGAGAUAUUAAUGUGCCCUUAAAAAAAUAGGUACAAAAUGAUACAUAUUUCACAGAUGUGUGAAAUCGGUAGGUUAGGUAAAUGAUGGCUAUUUCUCACAAAGUAGAGAGAGGAAAAAUACACUAAUUCUAUCAGGAAGGAAAUUAAAUGAUUCGGAAGUACAGGAAGAAUGACAUAGUAGUAUAUAGUGGUGAUUCUCAAACUUUAUAGUGCAUCAGAGUCACAGGAAGGAUUUGUUAAAACACAAAUUGCUGUCCAUUCCAUCUUUUUAUUAUCCUCUUCCCUACCUUACUCCUCCUGUCUCCCUCCAGUUUCUGAUUCAGUAGGUCUGGGAUGAGGCUUGAAAAUUUGCAUUUUUAACAAGUUCCUGAGUGAUACUGAUGGCCAGGGACCACCACUUUAAGAACCAUUUGUAUAUAAUAGUUUUUAAAAGAAUCAUUGUGUUGUGGUUACAUAAUUGAUAGAAGAUGGCAUUAAUGUCUUUAAAAGAGCCCUUAAGUUUUCCAAAAAUAUUUGUUUCUAGAUAAGUUUAUAGGAGCUGUAUCUAUAACAUACACUGUCUUUCUUUUUACAAAUUCAUUUAAGCAAUUUUUUUUUACUUUUUAAGUUUUUAAUUUUAAUUAUUAUAGGGACAACACUAUUUUAUGUAACUAAUUUAUGAAAUUAGUCAAAGAACAUAGCCUUUGUACAUAAUUCACUACUUCGUUUAUUUAAAAAAAGGUUGGAAAUUCGGGUUAUGUUUGAAUAUGCAAGGGUUAGCUUUAACCUUUAUCCAUCUUUAGUUUAGAAAGGAUAUUUAUGUAUCACUUACAUACCAUCAUUAUUCAUGUAUUGCUUGAUGUUUAUCUGAUUUUACACUGAUGAUAUUAAAAAUAGAUUAGUGACCAAUAAA